AUGGGUUCCAAAUCAGUUGUGGAUAUGAUUGAGGCAUCCUCAGGUGCACAUUUUUCUGGGUUUCACAUGGAUGGCUCAUUGGGUGCUAGAAGUAAUGGGCAGCCAACCACCUCCGCAAGUGAUGGGAUCUACAAUCAACCUUUUGUUAUUGGAGUUGCUGGAGGAGCAGCUUCUGGGAAAACAACGGUGUGCGACAUGAUCAUCCAACAGCUGCAUGAUCAGCGUGUAGUACUUGUUAAUCAGGACUCCUUUUAUUUCAAUCUCACAGAAGAAGAACUUAAACGGGUCCAUGAAUACAACUUUGAUCAUCCUGAUGCAUUUGACAACGAUCAACUGCUAUCUGCCAUGGAGAAGCUGAGGCAGGGACAGGCUGUAGAUAUUCCCAAGUAUGACUUCAAGAGUUACAAAAGUGAUGUUUUCCCUGCAAGAAGGGUUAAUCCGUCGGAUGUUAUAAUUUUGGAAGGCAUUCUCAUUUUUCAUGAUCCUCGUAUUAGAGAGCUGAUGAACAUGAAGAUAUUUGUCGAUACAGAUGCGGAUGUACGGUUGGCCAGGAGAAUAAGGCGUGAUACUGGUGAGAAAGGUAGAGAUAUUGCCACAGUUCUUGAUCAGUAUUCCAAAUUUGUGAAGCCUGCUUUUGAUGACUUCAUACUUCCAACAAAAAAGUACGCAGACAUCAUCAUUCCUCGUGGUGGUGAUAAUCAUGUGGCAAUUGAUUUAAUUGUGCAGCAUAUUCGUACAAAACUUGGCCAGCAUGAUCUCUGUAAAAUUUACCCCAAUUUAUACGUCAUUCAAUCAACUUUUCAGAUACGUGGCAUGCAUACCCUUAUACGUGACUCUCAAACAACCAAACAUGAUUUUGUUUUCUAUGCUGACAGGCUUAUUCGUUUGGUAGUUGAGCAUGGUCUGGGACACCUACCUUUUACAGAGAAGCAGGUGAUCACUCCCACCGGUUCUGUAUAUACUGGUGUGGACUUCUGCAAGAGAUUGUGUGGUGUGUCAGUUGUCAGGAGUGGUGAGAGUAUGGAAAAUGCCUUGCGAGCAUGUUGUAAAGGCAUCAAGAUAGGGAAGAUUCUCAUCCAUAGAGAAGGUGACAACGGUCAGAAUCUGAUCUACGAAAAGUUACCUAAAGACAUUGCAGAUAGGCAUGUCUUGCUACUCGAUCCCAUUCUAGGAACAGGCAACUCUGCAGUUCAAGCCAUUUCCUUACUCAUCAGGAAGGGCGUGCCCGAGGCCAACAUUAUAUUCCUUAAUCUCAUAUCUGCACCCCAGGGAGUUCAUGUUGUCUGCAAAAAGUUCCCCAGGAUAAAGAUCGUGACAUCCGAGAUUGAGACGGGUUUGAACGAGGAUUUCCGUGUCAUACCAGGAAUGGGGGAGUUCGGAGACAGAUAUUUUGGAACAGAUGACGAUGACGAGCCGCCGGUGGCUGCAACAGCUGCCGCCAAGAACGGCAGCUGA